AUGUUAAAUGAUGUUUGGCUUUUUCUUUCUAAGGGGACACUCGGAGCUUCUUCGUCGAUGCACGACUCAGUCUUUGCCUCGAUAUUCCGUUGUCCCAUGAAGAUCUUUGACGUCACUCCCACUGGAAGGAUCCUGAACAGGUUCUCGCGAGAUUUGGACGAGAUUGACGUCCGCCUGCCCCUGACCAUGCAGUUGUUCCUGGAUAACAUCUGGGUCGUGUUAGCCUCCAUUCUGAACGUCUGUAUCGUGUUCCCGUGGUUCCUCAUAGCGCUGGUGCCUCUCGGCAUCAUGUUUGCCCUGGUCAACAUCUUCUUCAGACACAUCAUCAGGGAACUGAAAAGAUUCGACAACGUUCGGAGGUCCCCCUGGUUCUCCCACGUCACAGCCUCCAUCCAGGGCCUCAGCACCAUCCACGCCUAUCACAAGAACAGCGACGUCAUGGCCACGUUCACCACGCUCAUGGACAAAAACAACGCCGCCUUCCUGAUGUACCACUUCAGCACCCGCUGGCUGGCGGUCCGCCUCGACACCGUGUCCCUCUCCAUCAACGUGCUGGCCGCGCUCAUGGUGGUGGUGUUCCAGGGACAGAUCCCGCCGUCCUGGGACGGGCUGGCGCUGUCGUAUGCCAUUCAGACGUCAGGCCUGCUACAGUUGACCGUCCGGAUGGCGUCAGAGACGGAGUCCAGGUUCACGUGUGUGGAGAGGAUAACACACUAUGCCGACAAUCUGGAACAGGAAGUCCCAGAGCAUAUAAAAGAGUCGGACCCGGCUGAAAACUGGCCUGACCAGGGCGUUGUGCAGUUUGACCGGUACCAGAUGCGCUAUAGGGAGAGCCUGCCCUUGGUGCUGAAGGACGUUCAGUGCAACAUCCGGCCCAGAGAGUCGGUGAGAAUUGUGGGUAGAACGGGAUCGGGCAAGUCGUCACUGGGCGUUGUUCUGUUCCGAUUGGUGGAGCCGACGGACGGGACCAUCCUGAUCGACGGGGUGGACAUCAGCAAGAUCGGUCUCCAGUCCCUCCGCAGCAAACUCUCCAUAAUCCCACAGGAUCCGGUCUUAUUUGUAGGAACUGUCAGGUAUAAUCUGGACCCGUUCAAUCAGUACCAUGAUCCAGAGCUAUGGCGUGCACUAGAGAGGACCUACAUGAAGGAUGCGAUAUCGGGGCUAGAGAAACAGUUAGAAGCUCCUGUGGUAGAAAACGGUAAAAACUUCUCAGUGGGUGAACGGCAGCUUAUCUGUAUGGCCAGGGCCUUGCUCAGGAACAGCAAGGUCAUUCUGCUUGACGAGGCAACAGCGGCCAUCGACUCGGAGACAGACAGCCUGAUACAGAAGACCAUCCACGAGGCCUUCACAGACUGCACCAUGUUGACCAUAGCUCAUCGACUCAACACUGUGCUGAACAGCGACCGUAUUAUGGUCAUGGAGGAUGGAAAGCUGGUGGAAUUUGACCCCCCAGCGGUUCUCAUGUCCGACCCCAACUCACGCUUCAGUGCCAUGAUGGCGGCCGCCGGAAGUGACGUCAACAAAUACCUCACAAACAACCCCCUACCGGAUGUAGAAGAAAGCAGACGAAGAAGAGGAUACGAAGUUGUAGAUUACUAGUAUGUUGUGGGACAAGUAUUGUCGUCAGUUUGUAUAUCAGUCACCAAGGGUUUAUAUAUUUUAAUAAAUAGUCCAGAGAAAAGACGUGUAUCAACUUAGUGAGCAUCUGUAACUUUUUCGUUUGUUUUAACUGUUCAUCACCUAUAUUACUAUGCAAUAUAGGCGAUGCAGGUUUGUAACGUACAGUAUCAAAACCAACAGGGACAGUAUUAUUACAGAAAAUUUGUGAAGAUGAAUGAGAUACUAAAGCGGCGAGUGCAAUUAUUAUCCAGUGUUUUAACCGUAACUGUUACAACUAAUCGUUAGUUUUUCCAGUGAACAGUCUAUGAGCUGAACAAGUAUAUACAUAUAUAUAUGUUGUGUUAUUUUGUGGGAGGGAAUAAGUAAUGUCAUUAUUUAUGUAUACGGAGCUGUGUUACAUUUUUGUAUUUCUGUCAUGCCUUAAAAUGAGUUUUU